GUCUACAUCUCAUAUACUUCUUCCUGCGAAAGCUUUGUUUGGAUUAAGUUGUAGUAACAAUCCAUCAAACUCAAAAAAAAAACCAAAAAAAUAAUUUCCAAAAAUUGAGGAAACAAACAGAUCAGGAAAUGAUUGAGGGAGAUUCAAACCCCCUAAAAGCCUUGUAUAUUUUCAAACAAAAUAGUUUCUUGUUAAAACUUGUAGUUUUUUCUCUGUUUUUGGCCUUCACAAUUCACUUCUUUUCUUCUUAUUUAUAUUCCAUUAAUUAUUCAGUUCCAGUUUUGAACAACAAUUCUUCCCAUGAAGAUCAUGUCUUUAAUUCUGAUAAAGGGUCUUUGUCAUUGAAUACAAGUAAAUUAAUAGAAAAAGAAGAAAAACCCAAAUGUGAUUUAUUUAAAGGUGAAUGGAUUAAAGAUAAAUCAGGGCCAGUUUACAAUAACAAUAGUUGUCCAUUCAUUGAGCAUCAUCAGAAUUGUAUGAGUAAUGGUAGACCUGAUUCUGAUUAUUUGUAUUGGAAAUGGAGUCCUUUUGAUUGCAAAUUACCUAAAUUCAAUCCAGAAAGAUUUCUUUAUUUGAUGAGAAAUAAAUCAUGGGCAUUCAUUGGUGAUUCUAUUUCUCGCAAUCAUGUUCAAUCCUUGCUUUGUAUUCUUUAUCAGGUGGAGCCAGCAAAGGAGAUUUAUCAUGAUGAAGAAUACAAAUCAAAGACAUGGUUUUUCCCCUCCUACAAUUUCACCCUUGCAGUGAUUUGGUCACCAUUCCUUAUAAAAGCCGAGAUUUUCGAAGACAACGAUGGGGUUUCAACAGCUGAAACCCAACUCUAUCUCGACAAGUUAGACGAAAUAUGGACUAGUCGAUACAACGAUUUCGAUUAUGCAAUAAUCGCGGGUGGAAAAUGGUUCCUAAAGUCUGCAAUCUACUACGAAAACGACACAAUCCUAGGGUGUCAUCACUGUCAUGAACAGAACUUGACCGAAAUUGGGUUUGAUCAUGCCUAUCAUAAAGCUCUCGGGCUUGUACUUAACUUCGUAUUGAGUUCGAGCCAUAAAACUCGAGUGUUCUUGAGAACGAUAACCCCCGAUCACUUCGAGAAUGGAGAAUGGUUUAGUGGUGGGACUUGUGAUAGAAGAGUUCCAUUCAAAGAAGGUCAGGUGAAUAUGACGGAUAUAGAUAAAAUUUUGUAUGAAGUUGAGUUAGAGGAGUAUAAUAAGAUAGUUGGAGUCGGGUUGGGGCAAGGGGGCUCGGUGAAGCUGCUCGACACUACUCGACUGUCGUUAUUGAGACCUGAUGGGCAUCCCGGUCCAUAUAGGCAGGCACAUCCUUUUGCGAAAGAUAAAAACGCUAAGGUACAAUAUGAUUGUUUGCAUUGGUGUUUGCCAGGGCCAAUUGAUUUGUGGAACGAUAUAAUCAUGGAUAUUUUGAUGAACGAUUAAAAGGAAGAAUUAUAGUAACUACAAUGUUGGAGUUUUAAUCCCGAAAGAUUAGGGUCCGAAAAGGAAGGAUUACAAGAUCGAACUAUUUUAUGGCUUUUUGAUUUUGAUUUACUUAUGUUUAUAAAUUUAGUUAUAAAUAACAAUUCUUUGAUAAGUAAAUCUAGUUAUAUUUGCAUUA